AUGAAAGGAGCUCAUUUACUUACUGCUACUCUUGCCAUCUUUGCAUUGGCAACCUGCUUACUCGUGUCUGCCUCCGACCCCAGUCCUCUACAGGACUUCUGCGUAGCGAUCAAUAGCGCACAGUUUCCUCAAUUUCCUGUGUUUGUGAAUGGGAAGUUCUGCAAGGACCCAAAGAUGGCAACAGCAAACGAUUUCUUCUUCGCUGGUCUGCAAAUUCCGAAACCCACAGCGAAUGCGGUUGGUUCAACCGUGACAGCCGCGAACGUGGAGCAAAUCCCCGGACUGAACACACUUGGGAUAUCCCUAGCUCGCAUAGACUAUGCACCAAACGGUGGUCUAAACCCUCCCCACACUCACCCUCGUGCCUCUGAAGUCCUUGUAGUCUUGGAAGGCACUCUCUACGUUGGCUUCGUCACCUCGAAUCCCGAUAACAAGCUGAUCAGCAAGGUCUUGAACAAGGGAGACGUGUUUGUCUUCCCAGUUGGUCUCAUUCACUUCCAGCUGAACAUCGGACCCGUUAAUGCUGUAGCACUUGCUGCUCUUAGCAGCCAGAACCCAGGAGUCAUCACCAUAGCCAAUGCAGUUUUCGGGGCCAAUCCUCCCAUCAAUCCUGAUGUUCUAAGCAAGGCGUUCCAGGUCGAUGAAAAGCUCGUUGAGUAUCUCCAGAAACAGUUCUGGUACAACAACAAUUAAUCAAGAACUUGAUCCAUAGACAUAACGAAAACAUAUACGUAAGCCAAAGAAACCAACCGAUGAUCAAUAUGUAUGUUUUUCAUCAUUGUCCCAAAAGAAAGAAAAAUGUAUGCUUUUCAAUAGUACACUAGAAACUAAAUAAAAGAAGAUGGUAACUUCUUAAACAAUACCUAUUACUUUAUGGAAAUUUCGGUUUACCAUUUGUGUGUGUGUAUUGCAUGUUGUUUGUAUGCUAUCUGAAAACCAAUAUCA